AUGGAUUUAGCUGUGCCUGUGGUGAUCGACAAUGGAUCCGGAGUAUGUAAGGCUGGAUUUGCCAAUGACGACGCUCCAUGUGCUGUUUUCCCGGCAAUUGUUGGCAAUCCGAAAACCAGAAAUGUGAUGAUCGGAAUGGGCGAGAAAGACUCGUACAUCGGCCAUGAAGCCCAAGAAAAGAGAGGAAUUCUAAGUGUGAGAUACCCAAUUGAAAAUGGAGUUGUCACUAACUGGAGCGAUAUGGAGAAGAUCUGGCAUCACACAUUUUAUAACGAGCUCCGUGUCAAUCCUGAAAAUCACCCGGUCGUCAUCACUGAAGCUCCACUCAAUCCAAAGAGUAACCGUGAGUUGAUGACGGAAACUAUGUUUGAAGUCUUCAACGUCCCAUCACUGUACGUUGGACUUCAAGCAGUGCUCUCUCUUUACGCAUCUGGACGCUCGACCGGAAUGGUUCUCGAUUCGGGAGAUGGUGUCACCCAUACGGUUCCAGUCUACGACGGAUACGCUGUGCCACACGCCAUCCAGCGCCUUAAUCUGGCUGGACGAGAUCUCACGGAACACCUUCAGAAAAUUCUCAUCGAGAAAGGAUACUCUUUCACCACUUCGGCUGAGAAAGAAAUUGUUCGAGAUAUCAAGGAGAAACUCUGCUUUGUCGCCGUUGACUUGGAUAAGUCUAUGGACACCGCCAUUAAUUCAAGUGCAUUGGAUAAGACGUACCAGCUACCCGAUGGCCAGAUGAUUACCAUUGGCAGCGAAAGAUUUCGCUGCCCGGAAGCAUUAUUUCAGCCAGAUCUUCUCGGAAUGGAAUCUCCUGGAAUCCACGAAACUUUCUUCUCAUCGAUUAUGAAUUGUGAUAUCGACUUACGUAAAGAACUCAUGAACAGCAUUGUAUUCGCUGGUGGUACUACGAUGUUUCCAUUUUUCAAGGAAAGAUUUCAAAACGAGAUCACCGCUCUUGCUCCUCCAUCGGUAACGGUGAAAGCAUUGGCACCACCGGAGCGCAAGUACUCUGUCUGGAUUGGUGGCUCUAUUCUUGCGUCCUUGACAACGUUCUCGGAGAUUUGGAUUUCGCGAAACGAAUAUGAAGAAUUUGGUUCAGCAAUUGUCCAUCGCAAAUGUUUCUGA